GAUGUUGAACAGUUUUUUUUGAAUAAUUUAUUGUUUGGCUGAAACUAUUACACAAUUACGGUCGUUUUGUGAAUAACGAAAAUAAGUUUUCCGAUAACAAUCAUUGAUAUUUAAGCUGAGAUAAAAAAGAUAUAAUUCAUUCAAAUAAUUGUGAAUAAAAUUUGAGUGAGAAAUAAAAAUGUUUCCAUAUCAUCAGUUGCGUGUACCGCCAAUUUUGGGCAAUCCAUCGUAUUUUCCACCGUUUAUAUUACGACACAGUGCAUUUCCAUCGCCAAUUGAUUUGUCAAUUCGAACAUUGACACCAAUAACACCGCCAACGACCCCAUCGCCAGUGCAAUGUCGACUGAAUAUCGGUGAAUUUGUGAAUAAAAAUUUGGACAUCAAUGCCGUAACAACCGUAACUAGUACGCCAGCAUUUUGGAAAUGGGACCAAAUUGGACAUUCAAGUGCUGCAUACUUUCAUAAUUCUGAAAGUGCAGCAUGCCUUAACACCAACACCACCACCACCACCACCACCACACCAAUUCUUGUUACCCAUGCUACGAAACAAGUAUCAAAUCAAGAACGAAUCGAUAUCACCGAACGUAGAAUAAAAGACUUCACAACAAAUAGUACACAAAAUGACCAACAACAACAAUUUAGUUAUAAUUUAAGCAUUGAUGACGAUUUCGAUUCGGACGAAGAUGCAUUUGUGGAUGUGUUGACACAAGAUGAUGUCGUGCUGCCGCGACGAACUAAUUCGGCAUUUGAAAAGGUUGACACAAAUGAACCGGAAAUACCCAUCGUUUUGAUCAAUGAUGUCGAAGACGAUGAUGAUGACAUUGACGACGGUGAUAAUGAUAUCAUGAGUGAACAAUGCAACGGUGCUUUGGAUCGAAAUAAAACUUACUAUGACGAUGAAAAAUUACAUAAAAAUGCGAUGGAUGGUUUUGCAAAACUCUUUGAGAAAUCACUCUGCAAUGACAUCAAAAAUCAUCGCAUUUCAAUCUAUGAUAAGCUACCAUCGGACGAAUCAACAACGACACCACCGAAUAUUGCAAUGAAAAAACGAAUAAAACACAAACGAAACAUUCAACAGGACGAUGAUAAUAUAAGCCCUGUUUCUGGUACAAUAAUACGACGACUACGAGACGAUGAAGAACUUGUGGUGCGUCGCGGUGAUAUUGAUCCAGCUUUUAAUGUGGUCGAAAUUACCGACGAAGCGAAGAAAAUUCUGUCGAAAAUUGAGAAUAAAAUUGGAUCAUACAUUUGUCAACUUUGCCGCGAACUUUAUAAUGAUGCAUUUCAAUUGGCACAGCACAGAUGCUCACGAAUCGUUCACAUUGAAUAUCGAUGUGCUGAAUGUGAUAAGGUGUUUAAUUGUCCAGCAAAUUUGGCAUCACAUCGUCGAUGGCAUAAGCCACGCCAAAGUAAUUUGUCGCAAAAGAGUGUGACAGCAACAAAUCUUAAAAUAAAGCAUAAACCAAAUGUGAGGCCAAGCGAAAAUGCCAUCAAUAGUGAUGGUCAAUUGGGAAAUUUCGUGUGCAAAGAUUGUGGAAAAGCCUUCCGACGAAUGGCCUAUCUUAAAAAGCAUGCAAUUGUUCAUCAGUAUUCGGUGUGCGAAAUGGAAAAGAGAUUAAAUUUUUUGGAAUACAAUAAAUUGAUAACCGGUAGAAAUGCUGCACAAAUGCCAACACAAUACAAAACAAUGCUACCAGACGUUGAACAACGUCAUUUACACCAAAUCCGUGAACUUUACUAUCAACAACGAGAAUGCUUGUCCGCAUUUCAAUUCGUGCAACAUCAACGAAUUGAGAAAAAUAACAAAAGCAGUGAUUCAUAUCAAAAAGAUUCAAAUGCAUCAGAUAAAUGACAACAAAUAUUCCGGCCAGUGCCAAGACUACCAACAAUGACCUGGCCGCAAACGAUAAACUCACUGCAAUCAACAAACAAAGAUGUAGAGAAAAUGCAAGAUCCGCGUUCGAUACCAUCAAAUUUUAUUGCUUCCAAUCCGCUCACAUUGCAGCACGAACAACUUUCAUUCAAUAACCAUAUCGGUGUC